GAGACAGUAAGAAGCAUCCUGCAGGAAGUACUGGACUAAGGAUAUUGAGGAAUUUAUAUUUUUUCUUUUAAUUGGAUUAAAAUCUUCUAGGAAAAUCUUCAAGAAAUAAAAAUGGUUGCAGUGAAACCGACAGACUUGAUGCCCUCUGCAAGCAUUAAGUUCUUUGGAGCAGGCACGGCAGCCUGCAUUGCUGACCUCAUCACCUUUCCUCUGGAUACGGCCAAAGUCAGACUACAGAUCCAGGGAGAGUCUCAGAAGGUUGAAGGAUCCGGUGUGGUGAAGUACCGGGGUGUGUUCGGAACCAUCAAUACCAUGGUGCGCACAGAAGGAGCCAGGAGUCUUUACAACGGACUGGUAGCCGGCCUCCAGAGGCAGAUGAGCUUCGCGUCUGUUCGGAUCGGCCUUUAUGACUCCAUGAAGCAAUUCUACACUCGAGGCACAGAGAGUGCUGGGAUUGUUACCCGACUCAUGGCAGGCUGCACCACAGGAGCCAUGGCUGUGGCUUUUGCACAACCAACAGACGUGGUGAAGGUGCGUUUCCAAGCCCAGGUGCGAAUGGCUGAUGGGGAGAGGAGAUACAACAGCACCCUGGACGCCUAUAAGACAAUUGCCAGAGACGAAGGAGUUCGGGGACUCUGGAGAGGCUGCAUGCCAAACAUUACCAGGAAUGCCAUUGUAAACUGUGCAGAACUGGUCACCUACGACAUGAUCAAAGAACUCAUUCUGAAGUAUGACCUAAUGACAGACAACCUGCCCUGCCACUUCACAGCUGCCUUUGGUGCCGGCUUCUGCACAACUGUAGUAGCGUCUCCAGUAGAUGUGGUUAAAACACGGUUCAUGAACUCAGGAAACGGACAGUAUGCCAGCGCCAUCAACUGCACUCUGAUGAUGCUGAGGAACGAAGGACCUGGAGCCUUCUAUAAAGGAUUCAUGCCUUCUUUUCUGCGUCUUGGAUCUUGGAACAUUGUCAUGUUUGUGACAUAUGAACAAAUUAAAAGGGGUAUGACCAGAGCGCAGCAGUACUGGGAGUCACCCUGCAAGAUCUUCUAUGGAAAAACAAGGAAGCUGCUUUAUAGCUGGGACAAAGUUCAGCCAAAGAGACACCUUCAGAGAAUCCUGAUCUUCUGUGUUUCUGUCGCACUGACUGUUCCAGUAAAGCCAGUGGAUGUGCCUCCAACAGCAGCUGUUAAGUUUGUGGGUGCAGGAACUGCAGCCUGCAUUGCUGACCUGCUCACCUUUCCCCUGGAUACUGCCAAAGUGCGCCUGCAAGUCCAAGGAGAGACCAGCAUCUCUGAAGCAAUGGGGAAAGUUCCUGCAGUAAAAUACCGGGGUGUGUUUGGUACCAUCAUCACCAUGGUUCGCACAGAGGGGCCUCUGAGUCUUUACAGUGGGCUGGUUGCAGGGCUCCAGAGACAGAUGAGCUUUGCCUCUAUCCGCAUUGGUCUCUAUGACUCUGUUAAGCAGUUCUACACUAAAGGAUCUGAUCACGUCAGCAUCGGCAGUCGUCUGCUUGCGGGAUGUACCACAGGAGGAAUGGCUGUGGCUCUGGCUCAGCCCACAGAUGUGGUGAAAGUCCGUUUUCAGGCACAGGCCAGGUCUAAUGAGUACGCAAGGCGCUACUGUGGCACCAUUGAUGCUUACAAGACCAUUGCUAAGGAGGAAGGCAUCCGUGGUCUCUGGAAAGGCACAGGCCCCAACAUUGCCCGCAAUGCCAUCGUUAACUGCACAGAGCUGGUGACAUAUGACUUCAUUAAGGAUUUCCUCCUCACCUCCACUCCCCUGUCUGACAACCUGCCUUGCCACUUCGUCUCAGCCUUUGGUGCCGGGUUAUGCACAACUGUGAUCGCUUCCCCAGUGGAUGUGGUCAAAACCAGAUACAUGAACUCCGCUCUGGGCCGGUACAGCAACGUCCUCAACUGUGCUGCUGCCAUGAUGGCCAAAGAAGGUCCGCUUGCCUUUUAUAAGGGCUUCAUGCCAUCAUUCUUACGGCUGGGCUCCUGGAACGUGGUGAUGUUUGUCACAUACGAGCAGCUGAAGCGAGCUUUGAUGGCAGCGAAUCACAGCCGAACAGCUUUAUUAUAACCGCUGAAG